CCAGUCACAAACCCAAUCAUAACUUUGAGAUUGGGCCUGAAAGCCCGGGAUUUCCCACUUCGAUGGCCGGAGAACGAACUCGCGAGGGCGGCGACGAUGGUGGCCUCGUCGUUAACAACAACGAGACGCUUCGAUCCUUCCUACGCUCCGCCGCCGAUGACCACGAUCACCUCACGCCUGAACUCCGCCACCUCGCUUCGGAUCUCUGUUCGCAGAGCUCCAUCCCUUAUCGAUCUCUCCGCACUGUCUGGUUCGCUCUCCCCUCCGGUGACCGCCCGGCCCUUCGCCGCCUCUUUGCUGGCGCCGAAUUUGUGUUUUCGAGUCCUAAGCCUAGGGAGAAGAGCGAGGAGCUGAAGGAAAGGCUGCGAAAGUUGGAGGAGCUGGCGGAGACGAAGGCGUAUGCGGACCUCGUGAAAGAUAUCGCUCCCAAGAAGGAGAAUGUGGAGCCAUUCUCUUCAUACAAGGAUCAGAUUGGAUUUGGUAUGCAUGUUGUGCUGAUGAUGUUUACAGGCUAUUUAGUUGGAUAUGCUACUUUCAGAGCCCUAUUCAAUCACAGUGCUGUAAUGAAUGUUGCUGGGGGCAUCUUAGGGUUGGUGAGUGGUAUGCUUCUUGAAACGGUUCUUUUUAUUAUUAGGACUUCCAACCGAAGUAUUGCAUCUUCCAAGUCUACAUCAAAGCUAAAGAAAAAUCAAUAAUGUUGUCGUUUAGUGGGUAUGCUACUUAUUGCUGUGAAUGAUAAAGGCUCUUUUGGCAUUUUAUAGAGCAUUUCUAUAUUGUCUUUUGUUUGUAAUUUCUGCUUAUCUGUGUUUGAGUCGAGACAAAACACAGAUCAUAGUGUACAUUUUGUUAAACCAUAUCCAGAGAAAUGCUCAUGAAUGUUAGCAUUCAGCAUUUUGAUGUUUAUAUUUCCAUUUGAAGUUCAGUUUAUGCAGAUGAAUAGCUUAGUGGUGACAUGCUAAAAUUGAUUAUUAAUUAAAAUUGAUUGUUAA